AUGGCUGAUGAUUGGUUGAUGUGUUUAUGUGGUAAGAAUGCAAUUGGAAAAGGGAUAAAAAUUAGUAUAGCACUUCUUUAUUCAUUGUUUGAUAGAGAUGGCAAGAAUAAAGAAAUGGACUAUAGAGGGUUAGAGAGCAGUGGUCAAUAUUUACCAUCCAUUUCAUUUUCAAGGCAAAUUUUCAAUGCUUUAAAUAGAGGAGUUAACAAGUUGAAAUGGUGGACUUACAGGUUGACAUUGCCAUUAAGACAAAAAAACCUUCUAUGGAUUCAUUGGAAAUUAAUUCAGUUACAAACAAAAUUAAUUCAUGAUACAAAUCGUUCUAUUCCACAAUACAAGGGACUUGUACACGGUGUUUCGUUGAUUGUAGCCAAAGAAGGAAUUGGGGGAAUAUAUAGAGGAUUGUUUCCUGUAAUGAUGAGACAAGGAGCAAAUCAAGCGGUAAGAUUUUCAGUGUAUUCAACUUUGAAACAAAGAUUCCAAAAAUAUUCAACACCAGGACAACCACUACCAUGGUCAGUCACAUUCUUAAUGGGAGCAAUUGCUGGUAUAAUAACAGUUUAUAGUACAAUGCCAUUAGAUGUUGUUAAAACCAGAAUGCAAGGAUUAGAUGCUACCAGUUUGUACCAAAAUUCAUUCCAUUGUGCAUGGAAAGUAUUAAAAGAAGAAGGAGUAUUUGCAUUUUGGAAAGGUGUGACACCUAGAUUGGGUAGAUUAUUGGUUACACCCACAUAUAUAGGCGAUUUUCAUUUGCCAGGUAAAGAGCUAAGAAAAAAUGGAUUAAAUCGUAUUGGAAAUUUAGUAGUGCCUAACGAUAAUUAUUGUAAAUUUGAGGAUUGGGUGACGCCUAUUCUGGAUAAGUUAUUGGAAGAGCAAAAGAGCAAAAUUAUCCAUAGAUUAGGCAAAGAGAUUAAUAAUCCAGACUCUAUAUAUUAUUGGGCAUAUAAGAAUGAUAUUCCAGUAUAUUGUCCAGCAUUGACGGAUGGAUCAUUAGGAGAUAUGAUUUAUUUUCAUUCAUUUAAAAAUCCCGGAUUGAUUAUCGAUAUUGCUUCAGAUAUUCGAUCAUUAAAUGAUCAAGCUGUUUUUGCAAAAAAAACUGGCAUGAUAAUUUUAGGUGGUGGUGUUAUUAAACAUCAUAUAUGUAAUGCAAACUUAAUGAGAAAUGGAGCAGAUUAUUCUGUCUAUAUUAACACGGGACAAGAAUUCGAUGGUAGCGAUGCAGGUGCUAGACCUGACGAAGCAGUCAGUUGGGGGAAGAUUAGUGUUGAUGCAGAACAUGUAAAGAUGCAACAAUUGUAUUUCCUUUGA